AUCACAUCCCUGUGCGCUCUGAUGACGUAAUAUCGGUGCGACACGGACAUCAACAUGCGGGAUGGAUGUGUUGACUGUAACCAACGUGUAAAGUGAGAAAUUACACAUUUGAUUUACACUGCUGCCCGAAAUAUCAAGGCUUUGGAAUAACCUGUCAACAAAAUGGCAAGCGCCAAUCUUCAGUUCAAAACAAACUAUGUUGUCUCCAGCAAAAUUGAACCAUUCUACAAAGGAGGGAAAGUGCAGAUCAGCAAAGAUGAAAAGUACAUCUUUUGCACUUGUGGUUCCCGCGUCAAUGUUUUGGAGAUCAGCACAGGGAAGAUUGUCCAUUGUGUUGAGCACGAUGAUCAAGAGGACAUCACAUCUUUCGCCCUCAGCUGUGAUGAUGAGAUGCUUGUAACAGCUAGCAGAGCGCUGCUACUGAAGCAGUGGGACUGGAAGGCAGCUCAGUGUACUCGCUCCUGGAGGGCUAUUCACACAGUUCCUGUAGCCAGUAUGACCUUCGACUCCACCUCCACCCUCCUGGCCACAGGUGGCUGUGAUGGCACUAUAAAGAUUUGGGAUGUAGUGAAGCAGUACUGCACCCACAACCUCAAGGGGUCAUCUGGCGUUGUGCAUUUGGUCCAGUUCCACCCAGACAUCAACAAGCUGCAGCUUUUCUCCUCAUCUCUGGACUGUGGCAUCCGACUGUGGGACCUGCGCUCUAGUCAGUGUGUGUGUGUGCUGCAGAGCCACUACAGCGCCGUCACUGCCCUCAGCUUCAGCCCCGAUGGAGGCACCAUGGUCAGCUCUGGCAGAGAUAAGAUUUGCACAGUGUGGGAUCUGGAGUCCAAGGAGGCUACAAGAACUGUACCGGUCUAUGAGGCUGUGGAGGGUGUCGUGCUUUUGCCUGACAAUAAGGACUUCUCUCAAAUUGGAGUCAAAAACACAGACUUACAUUUCAUUACAGCAGGGAGCAAAGGUAUCUUGAGAGUGUGGGAGGCCAGCACGGCGCGAUGUGUCUACACACAGACCCUCCCUGUCUCUGAAGAGGCGGAGGAAGAAGAGAGGGACGACGACCCCCGCAGUCUGACAUACCUCCUACACCUGACCGACUCCUCACGACUGGCCACAGUCACUGCAGAACACAACAUUGUGCUGUACCAGCUGCCUGCUCUCAGCACACAGCAGCAGUUUGUGGGCUACAGCGACGAGGUCCUGGAUGUGAAGUUUCUCGGUAAAGACGACAGCCACAUCGUGGUGGCCACCAACAGCUGCCAGCUGAAGGUGUUCGAGCUGCUUACAAACAACUGCCAGAUCCUGUACGGACACACAGAUACCGUCCUCUCAUUGGACGUGUUCAAAAAGGGUCUACUCUUUGCAAGUUGUGCAAAGGACAGGUCUGUGCGUGUGUGGCAGAUGGACAGUGACACUGGUCAGGUGACCUGUGUAGCUCAUGGUUCAAGCCACACCAAUGCGGUGGGCUCCAUCACCUGCUCCAGGAUGAAAGCAUCCUUCGUCGUGUCUGGCAGUCAGGACUGCACGGUGAAGGUUUGGGACCUUCCAGCAGACUUGUCAACAACAGGAGCUGAAAUACAUCAGCUGACUGCCCGGGCCACUGAGAAGGCUCAUGAUAAGGAUGUAAACAGCGUUGCAGUGUCGCCCAAUGAUAAGCUGCUGGCUUCAGGCUCACAGGACCGCACGGCCAAGUUGUGGUCGUUAACAGGAGAGGGGACUGUGGGCUUGCUCGGGGUGUUCAAGGGCCACCGGCGUGGUGUUUGGGCCGUCUGCUUCUCUCCAGUUGACCAGGUGCUGGCGACCACCUCUGCAGACGGCACCACCAAACUGUGGAGCCUGCAAGACUUCAGCUGCCUCAAGACGUUCGAGGGUCACGACGCAUCCGUUCUGAAGGUCAUCUUCGUGAGCCGAGGCACUCAGCUGCUCACCAGUGGCUCAGAUGGUUUAGUGAAGCUGUGGACCAUAAAGACCAAUGAGUGUGUGAAGACGCUAGACGCCCACCAGGACAAAGUGUGGGGUCUCCACAGCACCCGCAAAGACGACAAAAUGGUGACCGGCUCGGCAGACUCUAACAUCACAGUGUGGCUGGAUGUGACUGAAGUGGAGCUUGCAGAGGAGCAGGCCAAGCAGGAGGAUCAGAUACUCAAGCAACAGGAGCUGUCCAACCUGCUCCAUGAGAAGAAAUACCUGAAGGCUUUGGGUCUCGCCAUCUCUCUGGACCAACCUCACACGGUGCUCACUGUGAUCAAAGCGAUCCGUCAAGGAGGAGAGGAAAGUAAAGAGCUGCUGGAGAAGACGGUGCUGAAGCUUCGAGUGGAUCAGAAAGAGUCACUGCUGCGUUACUGCGUGGUUUGGAACACCAAUGCCAGAAACUGUCAGGAUGCACAGGCCAUCCUGCAGGUGCUCCUCACACACCUGCCGCCUGAGGAGCUGCUGCUGUACCAGGGCACCCGCACACACCUGGAGGGACUCAUCCCAUACACAGAGAGGCACAUGCAGAGGAUCGGCAAAAUGCUGCAGGCGUCCAUGUUCUUGAACUACAUGUGGCAGAAGAUGAGAGUGGCUGGAGCUCCAUCCAGCAUGGACCAAGAUGAAGAAAUGGACACCACCCCUCUUGCACAGCCUUUCUUUACAAUCGACAAGGAGAAAGGAACAAGCAGCAGCAAUGAGGAGAAACAAGAUGGAGAUGAUGUCGAUGACGCACAGGAUGAAGACCCAAACUGCCAAAUGGAAGAAGAGGACGAAGAGGACAAUGAGGUCAGCGUCACCAGGAAAGCAUCCAUGAAGAAUGGCCGACUAGAAAAAAACGGAGAGAGCACAAAAACAAAUGGGAACCACCACCACUCCGAUAGCGGGGAGAGUUCAGAAGAAGACGAAGAUGAAAAGGAUCAAACUGUAAAAGCAAUGAAAUGUCCCCCAGUUUCUUCAACCCCACAAUGCCAGACCAUCAGCAGCUGACAUAGAUCUUCAAACUCAUGACAGAGGACUCACUUCUGCCAGGAAAAGAAGCCCAGGAGGUGCUCUCAUCUGGGACCAAUAGCUGUUGUGAUGCAUUGAAUCUGUGUCAGUGAAAGAAGCGACAUAGAGACAGGUGUGGAAGGGAUGAUAGAGAUAAUUUGCCGUUCUGAAUGAUAAACAACUUUCUCACUUGUGCCAAAAACUAAAUUGUGCAUCACUUCUUCCCGUCAGAGUCUGAGCGGAUUUGAUGAAACUGUGUCAGCCUCAUUUUGUCAGACACAGAGGACAUAAUGGAGUAAAGGAUUAAGACACUUCAUUGUUUACUUUGGGGCGUUGAUCCAGGUAUAUGCACAGAAACCAGCAUGCUUUGUCUUGUCUUGCAAUGCUGUAUAGUCCUGAUCUACCGGCUCAACCACAACACAAAAGGUCUCUUAUACAACCCUGAUUUUUUUCAUGUAAUGACUGCUGAUGUUUAUGAAAUAAAAAGUCAUCUUUG